UAUUUGGAUAGAGAUCUCUUUCCCGAAGGUAGAGAACCAACCAUGUUUGCGAAGCUUUUCGGGAAACCUAAAACGGGACCCGACGCCGUCAUGGCCUUGGAAAAAUUAAGCGAUGAACUUGACAUGCUUGCGAAACAGGAGAAAGUACUACAAAAGAAGGCUGCCGCUGAAUAUGAAAAGGCCAAACGAUUCAGCAAAGAUAAGAAUAAAAGAGCUGCUAUAAAAUCUCUAAAGAUGAAGAAGGUGUAUGAACAACAGAUACAGAGCAACGGAAACAAUCAAUUGCGUGUCCAUAAUCAGAUGGUGAUGCUAGAAGCUGCAAAAUCUACCUCCGAAACUGUAGAUGCCUUGAGAACUGGCGCGGCUGCGAUGAAGGCAAUGCAUAAAGCAAUAAACAUAGAUGAAGUGGAUAAAACCUUGGACGAGGUUCAUGAGCAGACAGAGAACAUUAAACAGAUCCAGCAAGCUUUAUCAAGUCCAAUUGCAGAUUUUGAUGAGGAUGAACUGGAAGCAGAACUUGAAGAGCUAGAAAGUAUCGAGCUGGAAAAACAACUUCUUCAGCCUGCAGCAACUUCUUCAGCUCCAGUGCACCUCCCGGCAGGAAGGCAACCAAAUGGUCCUAUUCUCCAGAAGCCAUCGGCCGAAGAAGAUGAUGAACUAGCUGCCUUGCAGGCUGAGAUGGCACUUUAA